UUCCCUCCCCAGCACGUGACCAGGCACCCAGGGCCGUCACGUGAGGCAGGCGGCGAGUGCGUGGGCGGGGCGGGGUUCGGCGGCGCCCGGGGAGGACCAAAGUGCGCAGCAGAGCGGCCCACACUCGGCGGGGGUGGACAGCCAUGCCCAAGUACUGCCGGGCUCCGAACUGCUCCAACACUGCGGGCCGACUGGGCGCGGACAACCGCCCCGUGAGCUUCUACAAGUUCCCACUGAAGGAUGGCCCCCGGCUGCAGGCCUGGCUGCGGCACAUGGGCCGUGAGCACUGGGUGCCCAGCAGCCACCAGCACUUGUGCAGCGAGCACUUCACGCCCUCGUGCUUCCAGUGGCGCUGGGGCGUGCGUUACCUGCGGCCGGAUGCGGUGCCCUCCAUCUUCUCCCGGGCGCCGCCCACCAAGAGGCAGCGGAGUUGCCGAAGCACCGAGAAGGGGGGCGUGCCUCCGCCUCCGCAGGAGACCACGCCCCUGUCCCCUGGUCCAGAUGUCCCGGCCCCUGGCCCUGUACACCUCGUGGUGCUAGGACCGGCAUCUAGAGGCCCCGAGGCAGCAGCCACCAUGUUCCUGACCCCUGUGGCCCUUCCCCCGGCCCCCGCAGGGCCGCGCACCGGAGUGGCCGCCCAGCACCCCCGGGCCGGGCUGGGGGCGGCGCUGGGCGCGCUGCAGCGGCGGGUGCGGAGGUUGCAGCGGCGGCACGCGCGGCACCGGGCGCAGCUGCAGGCCCUGGAGCAGCUGGCGCAGCAGCUGCGCGGGGAGAGGCUGGUGGCGCGCGCGCGCCGGGGUCUGGCGCGCGGGGCAGAUCAGCAGAGCCGGCAGCAAUGGGUUCAUAUUCCCAGAGAGUAGCAGUCAGCUGGAGCUGCAGUGUAGCUGCCCCUGGAGGCUUUAUGUGUGAGACCGUGGCCUGAACCACGCUGGGGCACAAGAGGGGCAUCCAGUUGGGCAAGGACAGAGCUCAGUCUCAGGCCUGGGGCUCUUAUGGAGUCUCCCAGGGCCCCUGGGCUGACAGUGUCUCUUUCUGCCUCCCCUACCCCCAUUCGGUCCCUGUCUCUCAAUCUCCUCCUCUCUCCCCCACAUUCGUCUUUGUCUUUCUGACCCUCAUCUCCGUCCUCCCAUCUAUCUCCCCAUUUGCCCAUGUCUCUCUUCAUCUGCAUCUUCCUGUGUCUCCCCUAUCUGUGGCCUUGUCUCUCUGCCCCUGCAUUUCUCCUAUCCCCCUUCUCUGUCUCUCCAUGUCUCUCUCCCCCCACACCUCUCUCCCUCUUUCCCCUUACCUCUUUAUUGCCCUGUGAAUGUCUCUCUUGCUCUCACAUCUGCUUCCCUGUCUCCCCAUAUCUCUCUCUGCCCACAUCUCUCUCUCUUUCCUGAUACCCCCUCCCACCUCGGCCUCCCUGUUCCUCACCAUUUCUCCCCGCUCCCUUUUUCCUUCCCUCCUCUCACUCCCCACUGUGUCCUCCAUCUCUGCCACUUCUUUGCCUGGGACGGCCCAGCUCCCUGGACCGGAGGAAUCCCAAGCCUUCACCGUCAUCUGCGGAGGGUCUGACAUAGCUGUGGUCCUCGCCCAAGGCCCUGCACCUCCCACAGUGGACGCCAUGCCUGAGCUUCGGGACACUCAGACCCCUAG